AUGGUUCAUUCAAGCUCUAUAUUCUUGGCUCUUGCCUCCUCUGCCCUUGUUACUGCACGUAUUUGCAUCGAUACCGACGUCUGCCUCAAGGUCACCACUCAAAAUGCGCAGUUUUCGUUUCCUACGCUCAAGACAAACGAGCAGGCUGCUGAUCUUCAAUUCCAAUUCGCACUUCGUGAUCAGGAAGCUGUGCAACCGACUGGCUAUGAAACAGUCACUGGAAAUUACACCAUAAAUGCCCGUUUCUGUACUCCCGAUACUCCCGGUGCCAAUUCCAAGACUAUCCAAAUCCUUACCCAUGGGAUCGGUUUUGACAAGAAUUACUGGGACCCAGAAGUCUCUAGGAGCAACUAUUCUUAUGUCGACACUGCUCUCGCGGCUGGAUAUUCCACCUUCUUUUACGACCGUCUGGGAAAUGGCAAAUCAUCCAAGCCAAACCCCAACACCCACGUCCAGUCUUUUGUCGAACUGGAAAUCCUGACACAACUCACCACCUUUAUCCGUGAGGACGCUAUCGGCCUCGGAAUCACCCCGGAGAAAGUUAUCCAUGUGGGCCACUCGUAUGGCUCUAUCUUGUCCAACCGCUUGGCAGUCGACACCCCUGAAUUGUCUGACGGACUCAUUCUCACCGGGUACGGGCAUAACUUCAAGUGGAUGCAGGCCUCCCUCGUUGCAUGGGGCUUCGAGAUCGCAAGGCUGCAGGACCCUGUGAGAUUUGCAGACUUUGCAAGUGAGUACAUCACCUGGGCAACCAAAUGGUCGAACCAAUUCUUCUUCUUGAAGUACCCCUUCUUCUCGACCGAGGCUUUGGACUACGCGGAGGAGGAGAAGGGACCCGUUGGACUCGGAACGCUAUGGACUAUCGGCAUGGGUGAUUUUGUGGCCUCUGGUUUUGAGAAGCCGGUUUUGAUCAUCACCGGUCAAUACGAUCUUCCCUUCUGUGGUGGGAACUGCACUGGGGUCUUGGAAUCUAGUGAACCGUACUUCCCAAACUCGACGUUGAGUAUUGUGACGCACCCAGAUGCUGGGCAUGGUAUCAAUUUGCAAUUCAAUGCGCAGGAUGCAUAUAAAACUAUUCUUGACUUCUUGGAGGAAAACUUGUAG